AACCUGGGACGAGAAGGUUUCAUCCCUCAUCUGGUUUCCAUAGCACCCGCGCCCUGGAGACUAGAAGGGGAUUUGGCGCUUUGAUCUACACAGAUAGACCUGGAAAGUUGACUAGGACAACAUCCGUCUUCUGAAGCACCCACAGCCUCUAAACCGUGCUGCUUCCCAGGCUAUGAAACGGAAUUAACCCGAAAUCUAACGCUACAAACGGGCUUGGUCAAGUCCAGAUUCUGCGGGUCGAUCAGCGGCUGAGAGGGAGCUGUCCAGGUGCUGAAAUCGUGAACGUGCGCGCCCGGUAGAGAAGAGAAUUGAGCCAAUUGGAAAAACCCCUCUGAAGCCUGCUUGCUCUGUCCAAGGGGCUGCCAGUUCAGAUUGCACUAAGUUCUGUCAAAGUGUCAAAGCGUGUUUUGGUCAAAGGUUAAUACCGCCUUUACUCAGCAAACAGACUUAACUCCGGGACUGGGUCUGUGAUGGUGAUGUGAACCCUAUCGCAACGUUUUGAUGAAAUAAAUUACAAUUUGUUUUGUUUUAUUUUAUUUCCCCCCUGCCAUCUUUAGAAAAGCAGCGUCUCCCAGCGCAAUGGUCCCAGCUACAUUUGCGUUGAGCGAAUCAAGUGAAGCACUGAAGACGUCUUUCUAAUUUGGUGUGUGAACGUCGUGUCAGAAAAGCUUGCUUUUUUCCACUUUUUCCUCGAGUGUAGGCGUGAUAACUUGUUCUCUAUUUUUGGGAACCUGGUUAUUAUUCUUUAAAAAAUUGCUUAACAUCGGUAUGUGCAUUCGUACUUCACCGUAAUAUGGUACUUUAACAAAAAACUAUCGACAUCAUCAAUAGGAAUGGAUAGCAUAAAGGAACGAGUUUUCACCCCUGCUAAGGAGGGUCUGAAAAAUGUUGCUGGGAAAUCACUGGGAACUCUUCACAGGGUUUUGGAAAAGAAACAGAAAACUGGGGAGGUGAUAGAACUGACGGAAGAUGGCCGUCCUUUGGAAAACAAGGAGAAGAAAGCGCCUCUGUGCGACUGCACCUGCUUUGGGUUGCCCCGCCGGUACAUCAUCGCGAUCAUGAGCGGACUCGGGUUCUGCAUUUCCUUCGGAAUCCGCUGCAACUUGGGAGUGGCGAUAGUGGGCAUGGUCAACAACAGCACGAUCCACGAAGGAGAUAAGAUACUCAUCACAGAGAAAGCAAAGUUUAACUGGGACCCGGAGAUAGUCGGGAUGAUUCACGGAUCCUUUUUCUGGGGGUAUAUUGUCACUCAGAUCCCCGGAGGAUACAUUUCAUCGAGACUGGCAGCAAACAGGGUUUUUGGUGCCGCUAUCUUCUUCACCUCGAUUCUGAACAUGCUGAUUCCCUCUGCGGCGCGGGUGCACUACGGGUUAGUGAUCUUCGUCAGGAUAUUACAGGGGCUUGUCGAGGGGGUGACCUAUCCAGCCUGCCAUGGAAUAUGGAGUAAAUGGGCUCCACCACUGGAGAGGAGCAGACUAGCUACAACUUCCUUUUGCGGUUCCUAUGCAGGAGCUGUGAUAGCCAUGCCUUUAGCUGGGAUCUUAGUCCAAUAUAAUGGGUGGUCUUCUGUCUUCUAUGUUUAUGGCUGUUUCGGGAUAUUGUGGUACAUGUUCUGGGUCCUGGUGUCCUAUGAGAGUCCGGCUGUCCACCCCACCAUCACGGCCGAGGAGCGCACCUACAUCGAAGAGAGCAUCGGGGAGAGCGCCGGUCUCCUCGGACCAGCAGAUAAGUACAAGACCCCGUGGAGGAAGUUCUUUUCUUCCAUGCCUGUCUAUGCAAUCAUUGUUGCAAACUUCUGUAGAAGCUGGACUUUCUAUUUGCUUCUAAUCAGUCAGCCUGCCUACUUUGAGGAGGUCUUUGGGUUCGAAAUCAGCAAGGUUGGCAUGCUCUCAGCUCUGCCACAUCUCGUCAUGACAAUUAUCGUGCCCAUCGGAGGACAGAUUGCAGACUACCUCAGAACCAAAAACAUCCUUUCAACCACCACCGUCAGGAAGAUCAUGAACUGUGGAGGUUUCGGAUUGGAAGCAACGUUUCUCCUCGUGGUGGGAUACUCUCACAGUAAAGGCAUUGCCAUUUCAUUCCUGGUCCUUGCAGUGGGCUUCAGUGGGUUUGCUAUAUCAGGGUUCAAUGUCAACCACUUGGACAUCGCGCCGCGAUAUGCCAGCAUCCUAAUGGGCAUCUCAAAUGGAGUGGGAACGCUGUCAGGAAUGGUGUGCCCACUGAUAGUCGGGGCAAUGACGAAGCACAAGACUCGAGAGGAGUGGCAGUACGUCUUCUUAAUUGCUGCGCUGGUCCACUACGGAGGAGUCAUAUUCUAUGGGAUCUUUGCUUCGGGAGAGAAGCAGCCGUGGGCAGACCCAGAGCAAACGAGCGAGGAGAAGUGCGGCUUCAUCAACGAGGACGAGCUCGCGGAAGAGACUGGGGACAUUACUCAGGGCUACAGCAACCUGGGGGUGGCCAAGACCUACGGUGCUACAACGCAACUCAAUGGAGGAUGGCCCGACGGCUGGGAAAAGAAAGACAAGUAUGUGCAAGAAGGACAAGAUGCUCACCAUUACAAGCAAGAGGAAGACUACUCAUAACAGAAACAGGAUGCAGCUGAUUAUUUUUUGUAGUGUUUGUGACGAUAUUCCAUUGUGGUUGUUUGCACAAAAAAAAAAAAAAAAAAUGGUGUAAAAAAUAUAUAUUUAUUGUAAAACACAUAUCAAAAUGGUGGUUGUAAUGUAUAAAUUAAUAUAUUGAUUUAAGUGCAAUCUGUAUAAAAUUGUGAAACAUUAUCACCUCCAUUUAGGCUUACCCAUGGUAGAAGACUUAGGACCGAUGUAUGGUCGGAUUACCAAAUCUGUACUUGGCAACUAAUCCUCACUGUAUGAGCCAGUAUCCGGUUAUACCACUGACCGUUUUAGUAAUAAACAAAGAGAAAAAAAACAAAGCAUUUUUAAAUGUAUUAUUGAAUACAGUUAUUAGCUAUGUCUUGGCCUUCCUCUGUGCUGUGUUUUACAUGUAGGCAAAAAAAACUAUUUCGUUUUCUAGGGAGUGUCAUGAUCUAAAACCAUUUCAGGGAUUUGUCUGCCAAACAGGUCCUUCGUAUUUGUGUGUUUACAAUGAUCAAAAUGUAGAUAACAGAGCGGGUACUCCUGCCCAAGAGUGUUGGGAGGAGUAUGGCGAACAAUGUGAAUUGAAAGAUUUUACUGAGAUUUACAAAGCACACUUUCAUAAAAGACGUUACGUUUAUGCACAUGUUACGUCAAGUCUUUGGAAGCCUCGAGCAACAUCGACAUAUAGCUUAAUAAUUUUGACUUCCAUUAAAUGCAUAUGGGUCAAUAAUUUAGUCAGCCAGGUGCUUACCAGAUUGCACAAUAAACCAAAGGUAACAUCAAGUGUAGGAUUCUAGGAGGAAAACAUCACUUCCGCUUCAGUAUCCGUUUUCAUACUGUAUCUAAGAGACUUGCAGCAUUUGGUGUACCAAGCAAUAAACCCAUGGUACAGAUUGGUGUCAUCCCAUCUUCUAAAAUAUAUGUAACAGUGUAGCUUAAUGUAGAUGUUUUGGGGUUGUGUUUAAAAUAAUAAUAAUCAUAAUAAAAAGAAAUGGAAGUCAGCAGUCUGUUCCAGCCUUCAGGUAAACGACACUGUGGGUCUAUGAAUGGAUGGUUCUCAAGACGCAAACCAAACAUUCUGUUAGUGUUCUGUAUGUUCUAAGUGAUCUUAUUUGAAGGGGUGUUUUAUUUGUUUUUAUUUUAUUGGAAUGUAUAAGUGCUAGUGGUUGAAGCCCCCUCCCCCCCCCCCAGUUGCAUUGUGACGACUUGAGGAUUGUUUUCAGAGUAUUCUAUUUGAUCUCAAGGUUCCUUCCUUUGCUUUGUGCCUCAGAGUGAUGUAAAGUGGGUUUUUGUUUGCCUUUUUCUGCUGUGUUUAUUGGAGAGGUGUGGACUAUGUCACCUUUGUUGCUGUCGAAAGUGUUAAUAAAAUGCUCUGUUUAUCCUUUUAUAAAAAAAAAAAAUGAUGUGGCUACCCGUG